AUGCAAACAGACAAUCGACUUCAACUUCUACGACGCACGUCCAUCAAGACAAUCGCCAAGCUAACCGCGGCAAAAGCAUGGAUCAACGCUAUAGAAACGCUUGACAACAUCGAAGGUUCUCUUCUUCCCAAAGCCAAAGAUGGUCGGAGCAAAGCAGAGUUCGCUGCUUGCAGAAAAGCGUAUAGAUUGGUGGAUGCUCAUCUCGACAACGCGUUGAAGUAUUUGUACCUUAAAGAUUAUCGGUUCAUGAGAGCGUAUCAAGCUCUUGCGCUUGUGAAUAUUUCCAUGUGUAGGACGAGUUUCUUUCACCCUACGCCUAUGGUUUAUGCGAAUUGGAAUAUGAGGAUCUUGACGGAUAUAGCUAUUUACGCUGGCAAGAUUCUUGCUCCUCCUCCUCCUCUAAGGACCAAGACCAAGAAGAAGACGCCUUGA